CACAAACCCAAGUUCCACCAGACCCACACGUUUCUUUACCCUAACCUUUUCGCUGCUCCAGCGAAGAACACAGCCACCGCCGUUUCUUCGUCUUCCUCGCAGCGCCGGCGCGCCAUCUCGGUACGAAGGCGACGGCGGCGGCGACGGCGGCGUUCAGGAUCGGGAUCUCAGCGACGACGUCAGAGGCUUCCCAUCCCGACCCCCGCCAGUCGCCUCGCGCCCUCGACUCCGGACUCCGGUCCUCCGCACACCGGCCGGUGACCCUGCGUUUGAACCUGCUAUAGAAAUUUAUAAAAUGGCCGCGGUUGAUGCGACAACCAAGGAGAUGGAUGCACUGCAUGUUGGACAAAAUGAUGAAACAAAAGAGACUCUGAUUAAAGAAGACAAAGCUGCAAACAGCAAUCAUUCUGUUGUUGCAGCUCAGUCCUUGCUACCAGAGGACGACGAUGAUGAUGAAGCACAAGCUGAUGGUCCAUCUCAAGAUGGAGCAGCAGCAGCUGUAAAGAAGAAAAAGAAGAAAAACAAAUCCAAAAAGAAGAAGGGCCCCCUUCAACAGACAGAUCCUCCAUCAAUACCUGUUGAUGAGCUUUUCCCCUCAGGAGAAUUUCCAGAGGGCGAAAUCCAACAAUACAAGGAUGACAAUCUGUGGAGAACAACUAGUGAGGAAAAGAGGGACCUGGAACGACUGCAAAAGCCAAUAUACAACUCUGUUCGCCAAGCAGCAGAAGUUCAUAGACAGGUGCGGAAAUAUAUGAGGAGCAUCAUAAAACCUGGAAUGUUAAUGGUUGAUCUAUGUGAGACAUUGGAAAACAUGGUCCGGAAACUUAUCAAGGAGAAUGGACUGCAAGCUGGCAUUGCUUUUCCGACUGGAUGCUCCUUGAAUUGGGUUGCAGCUCACUGGACUCCAAAUGCGGGCGACAAAACUGUGCUACAAUAUGAUGAUGUGAUGAAGCUUGAUUUUGGAACACAUAUAGAUGGUUACAUUGUUGAUUGUGCAUUUACUGUUGCAUUCAAUCCUAUGUUUGAUCCAUUGCUUCAAGCAACGAGAGAUGCCACAAAUACUGGAAUCAAGGAAGCUGGGAUAGAUGCACGGCUUGGUGAUGUCGGUGCUGCAAUCCAAGAAGUUAUGGAAUCCUAUGAGGUUGAAAUCAAUGGGAAAGUUUUCCAAGUUAAAAGUGUUCGGAACCUCAAUGGACACAGCAUCGGGCCAUAUCAAAUCCAUGCUGGGAAAUCAGUUCCAAUAGUGAAAGGUGGAGAACAAACAAAAAUGGAGGAAGGGGAGUUUUAUGCCAUUGAAACUUUUGGAUCUACGGGAAAGGGAUUUGUCAGGGAGGACUUGGAAUGCAGUCAUUACAUGAAGAACUUUGAUGUCGGACAUGUGCCUUUAAGGUUAGCAAAGGCCAAGCAACUGCUUGGGACCAUCAACCACAACUUCGGAACGCUCGCCUUUUGCCGGCGGUACUUGGACCGCCUUGGUGAGACCAAGUACCUCAUGGCUCUGAAGAAUCUUUGUGACAAUGGCAUCGUUCAGCCGUACCCUCCCCUGUGCGAUGUGAGAGGGAGCUACGUCUCACAGUUUGAGCACACAAUCUUACUCCGGCCAACUUGCAAAGAGGUCAUUUCCAGAGGCGAUGACUACUGAUUGCGGCUGGAGGAGGCUCCUUGUACCAGGUUGUGUGUGUGGAGCGCCAUCCGUUUAUGGAUCACACUCGGAUAAAUGGUUUGGUCCUCCAGAGUUCAGGAUGUUGUAUGAGUUUUAUAAUAACUCGCUAAAGAUUGUGGAUGUACAAGUAGCAGUAAUACGUUUUCUGGGAACAUGGACAUUGUUAGGCUAUUUCCAGCGGGGAUUUCGUCCGAGUUUCAAUCUCGAUUAAAUGUGUUGCCACAUAAGAAAAUAUGAUAAUAUGGCAAUAAUUUAAUAAGAGAGUGAGUUUUAUUGGA